AUUCAGACAGUCAGUCAAAGAGAGAACAGUGAGCCCAUCAGCACGACCAAUCGACAUUGAAUCGAUCGCGAGAGCGCACGAGAUCGAACCAUUCUUCGAACUCAAUUCUUGGAUCUCCUGAUCCAUUCCGUCAGAAAGGGGUCUAGUUGUAGUGGCGUAGAUAGUAGAGCUCGCGACGUGUGUAGACAGCGUAGAGAGGGAUUAGUUCCACUGGUGCCUGAGCAUCUACCGUGAUUGCCACUUUGCCUGCCUGCCUGCUUCUGGAAGUGGAUUAACGAACGAUCUGCUUUUCAGAGUUGACUGGAAGACCGGAUUGAGGUGAGGUGAGGGAAGGAAAGGUGAGCUAGAUUGGAUCCUGAGUUACUGCUCCCAGACGUCUGAUCGCUGUGGUUGAGCUUCAGGACCUUUCCGUCGGGUGAAUUGUCGGGUUCGGUAUUUCGUCGUAUCGCCGGGUGGAAGAUACAAAAGAGGGAGAGGAAGGUUGAUCAGGGCCGCAGUUGAAGAGUUAAGCCGAGUGCAGGAGCGAAGUGUGCAGCAAGGUUGCCUUCAUUCUAGCAAAGCGACAGAGGUCAGAACCAGAGCUUCCUCUGUAGACACAAGGACUUCCUCUUCGUACAGGACUUCGCGGGGAUCUUGAUCUUGGUUGAUUUGGGAAUCAUUGCAAGUUUGUCUUCCGAAUCACCAAUCAUGGCGGACACCGGAAACGUACACGUCAUCGAUUCCAAGGAAAGUUGGUCUUCAAUACUGGCAGACGGUGCGACGCACAAGAAGACGAUUGUGGUAGACUUCACUGCCACUUGGUGUGGACCAUGCCGCUACAUGUCUCCAAUUUUCACAGAGCUAUCAAAGAAGCACGAGGACAUUGUGUUCUUGAAAGUCGACGUGGACGAGUUUCAGGAAAUUGCGUCGGAGUGGGAGGUUCGUGCCAUGCCAACAUUUCUGUUCAUCAAGGACGGGAAAAUUGUUGAGAAGAUCGUUGGAGCGAACAAGGAUGAGUUGGAGUCGAAAGUGAGAUUCUUCGCUGCGGAGACACAUACAGCGACCGGCCAUGAACAACAUGCCCACCAAGAUCACAGUCAUGCUGUGCAAAUAGCAAAUGCCCAGGCGUGACCGAUGUCUUACAGCAAAUUCUAGCUUCAAAAGCGCUGUAAACGUGUUGACAAUGUAGAGCAGCCGUUCAAAAUUUGGGAUCGACUACUUUUCGGGCGCAUCUGGUUACCCACCUUUGGUUUUCAUCCUUCUCGAUAGUUUAGAUGAGCCGCAGAUACGUGAAGUUCAACUCCCUUCAUAGUCUGUAGAAAGAAUGUCAUGGUAGAACACUGUAAAUUUUUUUUCCAUACUUCAGUACCUCCUUCGUCUCCCAGCCGUUGGCUGUUAGUGGCCACAGUUGUUUCAAAUCAAGACACUAGCAUCAGAGGGAGAGUUCUCCAACUUGCUCUUCAUCCAUCAGUAUCUUUCGUAUUCAGCUUAGCUCUCAAAAAACUGGAUGAAAAGACUCGUUGGGGUUAGUUGUUUUCCGAUUUUAUUUCAAAUUACAAAAUUCAUUCACUCUCGUCAAACAACCUCUUGGGAUGGAUCCAACACGGAUCAACUUCCAUGCGUUGAUUUCAGCGAAGAAAGGA